AUGAACCAAGCCCAGUGCAUGCUGAUCAACGGGCUCACCCGAACCAACCACGUGGCCAACGCGGCCCUGAUCAAAAUCAGCGAUGGAAAGGUCUUGGCGUCCACUCCCAGCUUCAAAAUCCACUCGCAAACCAAAUUCCUCAUCGACGCUUUCUACAAGAACUUGCACCAGGUGAGGAAAAACGGCCUUUACUUUAAAGCCCAGCAUUACACCUGCGUCCGGGCCGACGACAUCGCUAUCUACGGAAAAGGCAAAGAUAACGGGCUGGUGGCCGUGAAGACGAAAUCCUUCAUCUUGGUUGCUACCUACACCCAGGGCAUGUACCCCAGCGUGUGUGUGGAAGCUGUCGAGAAACUGGCGGACUACUUCCGGGCGAAGGGAAAUUGA